ACAAGCGCAAACGCUGCUGGGUCAGUCGUCAUGAUGAUAGACUACAUCUAUAAGCCACUUUUAAAGGACAACGGCGAUGGACCGGUACAUGUUUCUGUCUGACUGCUCUUUAAUUAUGUUGUGGGGUUGCCAAAUGAUGCCGUGCUCAAGGAACAUAAUCAUAUACUGAAAAAGAGGCAGGAUAAAGACAGUUAGUUUGGGAUCAUCUAAGUAAACAUGGCAAUGUCCCUAACCCAAGCCUGCCGGAGUCUUGCCCUGUCUACAUGGCUGCUGUCGUUUUGCUUCAUGCAUUUGCUGUGUCUGGACUUCACAGUGGCAGAGAAGGAGGAAUGGUACACUGCCUUUGUCAACAUCACUUACCUGGAUCCAGUCACAUCUGAGAUGAAGACAGACAAGAGUGAAUGUGGCAGAUAUGGGGAGCACUCUCCUAAAAGAGAUGCCAGGGGCUUUGUGUUUAUGCCAUCCCUUCUGCAGGACAGACAGGUGUGUGACAGUAACACUAAAUUCCUCCUUCCCCAUCCCAGCAUCCCAUGGAUAGCACUGAUAGCCAAUGGAAACAGCUCCUACAGGGAGAAGAUUAGACUGGCUGCUGCUCUCAAUGCAUCCGCUGUGGUCAUUUUCAAUGUGGGCUCCAAUGAGACCAUUACUAUGCCACAUCACGGAACCGGCGAUGUGGUGGCGAUCAUGAUUCCUGAGCCCAGAGGUCGUGAGAUCCUGGCCCUGCUGGAGAAGAACGUAAGCGUGACCAUGCACAUCACUGUCGGCACACGCAACCUGCAGCAGUACGUCAGCCGCACAUCCGUGGUGUUCGUCUCCAUCUCCUUCAUCGUCCUGAUGAUCAUCUCUCUGGCCUGGCUGGUCUUCUACUACAUCCAGCGCUUCCGCUACGCAAACGCACACGACCGCAGUCAGAGGCGAUUGAGCGACGCUGCAAAGAAGGCCAUAAGUAAAUUACAAGUGCGGACCAUCAGGAAGGGGGACAAGGAAACUGAGUCGGACUUUGAUAACUGCGCAGUGUGCAUCGAAGACUACAAACCUAAUGAUGUUGUCCGGAUAUUGCCGUGUGGUCAUGUCUUCCACAAGAACUGUGUGGACCCGUGGCUACAGGACCACAGAACCUGUCCCAUGUGCAAAAUGAACAUCCUAAAGGCCCUGGGCAUCCCGCCCAGUGCAGACUGUUCUGAUGACAUCCCUCCUGAUUAUGAGCUGUCUGUCAGCGGGCCGCCCACCAACCCUGUGACGGGCGCUAGCGAGGUCUCCGUGGGCGAGAGCUCGGUGGUCCUGGACCCAGCUGUCAGAACAAUAGGCCUGUCACACAUUUACCAUCAGAUGGACGCCUUCCUGCACAUCGCCAGCAGUGAGCACCAGUCGUCCAUGAGCACGGAUUCAGACACCUCACUCAUCAGGCCAGUGGAGCUCGUCCAGUCCGAUCCAGAACAGGACGAUGUGAAGUCUUGAAGUGCCAUAAACAGAACAGGACAAUAAAAGAACACAAGCAAUAGCAAUACAGGUGUGCAACCUCCUUUUCUGACCUCAUGGUCUCAAUCGCUGCAACAACAAAAAAACAGCUUGCUUGUUCUCUUCCUCUGGCUGUAUUGCACUCAAUGUCUUCUGUCCCAAGCUUGUGUUACCAGACUGGAAAAGCCACAUGGUCCUACAAACAAUGUUUCCAAAAAAUGUUGACUGUUUCAACUUCCCUAUGGGAUCACUGCCAGUAUACACCAGGAUAUUCCAAAAUGAAUAUAUAUGUAAUGCGUCAAUGAAGUGUGUAAAGCGGUUUGUGUGUGCUGUAACCAGCAGUUCAUGUGGUCCAGUGUCAGAUCUCCUUGUGAAGUAUCACCAGUGCUAUUCUUGCAUCUCCUCAAAUGUUAUGUUUCAGCUCACACCACAGUGAACCCAGAAACCCAGCUUAUGACACGAUGAGUGUUUCAGCAGCCCUGUCCAGUCACAAUGUGUCACAGCACUGUUUGUCAAUCACAAUGCCACAAAUGCAGAUACUUUCCGCUCAUUUUGUCUUGACUAAGUGCUGUCAUCUGUUCUGCUAGGCCACAUGCACACUGCUAAAUACACAGACAACUGCAUUCAAAUUCAACCUAAGUGACCACUAAAUAUUCAUGUCAUAUUCAAACCUGCAUGCAUUAUACACUAUUUCAUUUAGCUGGAAAUUAGUUACAGUGUGGAAUGUCAAAAAUAACUAAAGGCCCAUUCACACGCAAGAUAAUAACUAUUAGUGAUGCACCAAAAUGAAUUAUUUACAGAAAGAUACCAUUGAUACCCAAUCUAGUUUUUCACUUAGUCGAAAACUGAACACUGAAAGUUGAUUUAAUAAUCAGUUGAACUCAUAUAUCAUACAUAAAUAUUGAAAUAGAACAAGGCAGUUUUUACAUACAUUUUAAUUUUAUAAUUAUGUUUCCAUUGCAGUUUGUUGUCAAAAUAUAAAAAUCCAAAAAAUAAUAAUUAAUCGUAAUUGUAUGAGAAUAGCACAAUAUCAUUCUUGGAAUCACUUUUAAACGAUAUAUAUAUAUAUAUAUAUAUUUUUGGUUUCAUAUGUAAUAAAAUAUUGACAGCCAAUCAGAAUCCUCCUGACUUAAUAUUGCAAGCAAAAAAAUGGUGAAUAGCAUGAUUGUUUUCUUUAUGCUACAGAGCACACUGCAUGCAUUACGGUAUCCCACUGUACUAUGCUUGAUUGAUAUUAGGAUUUUAAUAUCAAAAGCAUUUUUAUUUAAAAAAUCUAAUAUUUCUUAAUAAAUUAUUUGAUUGUACUCCGUACUUAAAUGAACAACUACUGAUUCCAGGGACUUGAUUGUCAAAGUUGAAGUUUAAUAUCAUUUACACUACAUUAAAUCAAUAUUAUAUAAUAUUAUUGAUGCCACUCUCUGUCAUUUGACAGAAAUGCAGUAUUGUAAUCUUUUUCACAUGCUAUAUUUAAAAACAUUUGUCAGUAUAAAGUGUAUAGUUUACGUUUUUUUUAAUAUGCAGUCAGCUAGUUUCCAUUAUGAAGACAGUGAGUCAAGCGUGUCGAUUCAUUCACAUGUGAUGCACAGUGCUGUACUUGUCACUUCCUGACUCCUGCAGUGUGCAUGUGGCCAUUUUUGUAAUAUUCUCUGGCAUUGACGUGCUGAGUUUCUAUUUCUUUAAAAAGGAACUGCGGCAUUUAGGAUUUCAACAUUAUAUCCGCGGACAUCAUUGCUUUACUCCUUGCUAAAGAUAAAGUGCGUAUUUAUUGCAACACCAAACUGAAUAUCAGUCAGAGCAGCUGAAUUGAUCUGAGCAUCUUGUGGCGCAGAUGCUACCGGUUUGUCCAAACAAUGGAUAAUGACCAUAAAACGUUGCAGGCCAGUAAUAAAAGAUAGCAUUUAAACAGCUCACCACACUUUUGCAGAAGGUUAGCAUAUGGCUAACAGACCUGUUUGAUACAACUGUUUGCUUUCUCUGAUGCACAAUAGGAAAGCAAAAGACUACUGACAGGUUAUUUUGAUAUCAAAGGGUUUAUUUUUCUAUGAAAGAAAAAAGCCAAAAACAAAAGACACAUACUGUAUGAAGAUAAACAACACCCCUUUUAAAUAUUCAUGUUUUAUUAUCAUAAUUAUUAUUAUUUUACUGAAUAGCUUUCCAGUAUAGAGAUAUCAUAGCGUGUCGAUGUUGAAUGCAGACUUUCAGUCAGUCUGCUAACUUCAAAUAUUUAUUUAAAAAACUAUUCAUUAAGAUGAUGUUAUUAUGAAUUAUUAGUCAUUUAAUGAGGUAUUUUGCUGCAGCGGGAAAGUCUGAUGAAUAUCGGGACAUAGCGCUGGGGUCUGUGAUCCUCAUAUUCAUACUCGGUAAUAUUUAACAUAAAGGCAUCUGUCAGCCAAAAAGCACAUGAGAUUUCCCUGAGAUCUGCAGAUUUUAUUGUCUAGCAUGUAUGAGAUGAGUGUUUAGAGGAAUUUUAAUAGAUUAGAUUGUUAAGCACUUAUGACUCUGUGCUUAUUAAACAACCAUGCACAAACUACUUGACAACAGUGGGCUGGAUUCACAAAAUUAAAAAGAAAUAAUAAUAAAUUAAAUUCUAAGAAGUUUUGAAAAAUGUGCAAUUCUUGAGAAGAAAUCCAAACAUACUAAUGAUAAAUUAUAAGUUCAUAAGAAUCGUGAUAAAAUGUGCAAUUCUUGAGACAAAUUAUGAAAAUUCUAAUAAUAAAUGUUAUUUUGAAAAAUUGUGCAGUUCUUGAAAACUAUGAAAAUUCUAAUAAUGAAUUCUAAGAGUUUGUAAUUGUUAAAAAAGUGCAAUUAAUUAUUUUAAAAGCAGACAUUGUUCUUAUCUGAAAAAGCACACAAUAUUGUUGCCACAGGCUUGAUCGGAGUUCAGAACUCAAUAAGUUUUUACAAAAUAUUCUAAACUUUUUAUUUUUCUAAAGUUAAGUAGAAUUAUAUUCUUAAGUAUGUUUUGUGAAUCCGGCCCAGUGUGUUUUCAUUGUUUAAAACCAUCUGUCUAGGAAUGUCUAGGAAUAAUUUAGCAAAUCCUUCAAAGUGAUCAUACCUCGCAUUUGUUAUUUCUUUUUUCUCCUUGGGAAAUUAAUGUACAAUAUUUCCGUGCUGUGCCUUUAAGACGAUGUAAACGCCCUCUUCAUAUAUAAACAUGUGCAUUUGGACACAUUUACAUAGAUUGGUCAAAAAGUGUUGCGAGCUACAUUUUGCAUUAUGUUUGCAUCAAUUCGAUAUUUCUACUAUGACCCCUUUAAGGGACACAGUGAGUGUGUGCGGUUGUAGACACCGUCGAGUGUUUGUCUGACUGCUGUGUCAGUGUUUCUGUCAUGCACUGGACCUGAUAGCUCUCAUGUAUCAAGCACAUUCUGUAUAUGUAUAUCCGUUUUCUUGUGAAACGAUUGGAUGCUAUCCAUGCUGCUGUACAUCAUUAGCAUUUGGUUGAUAACCUUCCUGAACGUGCACCAAAUGUCUUUCAUGGUUUGUGAAUGUGGUUUUUGAAGUCAGUGCAAUAAAAUCAUAAUUGUGAUAAA